AUGCCACCCAAGAGUACUUCUCCCCCCUCCACCACCACCCUUACCACCACCCCCACCACCACUGGCACUACCACUGGCGGCACCAUUCCAAACACUACUACACUGCCUUCCACCAAUCCUACCACCACCACACGCACUACCACCGCACCGACUCCCAAAACCCCUACCACCACUCCCACCACCACCACCGCCACCACCGCCACGCCCCCUCCCACCAGCCCUACCAGCAGUGCGCUCAACCGAAAGGCGUCGCUGCGAAGCCGCGUGCGCGUGCCAGCUGCGACGGGGUACCUGGGAGUCACACUCAAGGCGGCCGGCAAGUACCAGGCGCGCAUGCUGGCACGCGACGGGACACGUCAGCGCCACGUAGGAUUUUAUGCGACUGCGGAGGAGGCUGCGCUGGCGUAUGACGUGGCAGUGCUGCGCGUGCAUGGUGCUCAGGCGAAGCUGAAUUUCCCCGCGGAUGAGCGGAGAGGGGAGGGAGGGAAGGAGGCUUCGGGUGGGGGUGGUGACGUGGCAGGUGAUGUGGCAGGUGAUGUGGCAGGUGUGGUGCCAGGUCAGCACUCGGGGAACUUGGACGGUUCGUCGUUUCCUCAAGGGGAAGCUGGUGCCGAAGCUGCAGACAAGGUUGGGGCCGAAGCUGACGACGAGGCUCGGAAACAGAAGGGCAGGGAGGAGGACAAGGAAUCGACCCCGUCAGAACCCCCUUCCCCAGUUGUCACCUCCUCCCCAAUGCUACCUCCCCCUGUCCCCUCCUCCACAGUCAGUCGCAAGGUAAGGAAGCGGCACCCCCCUGGCCCUCGCUCCUCUGCCCCGGGCCUAUCUGCCUCCAAGAGCGCUGCUCAGGUGUUUUCUCAGGUGCCCCCUCAGGUGCCGGCUGGACAGGUGUUUUCUGAGGUGCAGGUGGGGAGUGAGGGAGGAGGGGUUGGAGUGAGGGUGGUGGGAGAGGAGCAUGAGGGGAGUGCGACGGAGAUGGUUGGGGUGGUAGUGGGGGGGGUGACUAUAACGGGGCAAGUGGAGGCAGUGGGGGUAGUAGGGGAGGUGGGGGCAGAGGAAGGAAGAGAGGGACAGCAGCAGGGAGAGACUGCUGCAGCUCGAGCUGCCAGCUGUCAGCAGAUGAUUGGGCCAGAGAGGGAUGCUGUGGCGGGAGGUGAGAGGGGUGAGACGAGAGGGACUGGACAGGUGGAGAGCGGUGGGGAUGGGAGUGGCAGGGUUGAGAGCGGUGGUGCUGGGGGCAGUGCGGUGCAGGGGGAAGGAGGGAGUGGGAGGGGUAGGAUGAGGAAGAGACAGAGGCCGGGGAGGGAUGGGGGUGAGCAAUGGGAGAAGCAGCAGAGGGGAAGAGGCAUUGGGAGGGGCGUGGGUAGGGGUGUGGGGAGGGGUGUGGGAAGGGACAUAGGCAUUGGCAUGGGCAUGGGCAUGGGCAUGGGCAGUGGCAUGGGCAUGGAAGGGCUAAAAGCACAGGAGAAAGAGGGUACAGAGGAAGAACAUGCUGCCAUGCCUUGUCAGCAGCAGAAGCAGCAACAGAUUGACCCAUCAGCCACUGCACUAGCAGUCCCACCUCAGCCCUCCUCCCCCCAUCCCGUGCUCCUCUCCCUCCCCAACAUGCCACCUCCUUCUCGCCGUCCCUCCCCCGCCCACACCACCACCACAAGUCCCCUCACUCCCCCCCCUGCACCCGCGUCCUCACAGCCCCGGUCCGGACCUGUUUUUUCCGAGCCUGAGGGUCUCAGGUCUGUAGAUUCCAGACCUGUGGGUUCCGGUCCUGCUGGUUCCGAACCUGCUGGUGCAAAGGGUGAUGUUGGUGCUGUGGUUGGAUUGAAUAAGGAUGGUGCACAGUGUGAGGAUGCUGUUAGCGAGGCAUGGAAGGAAGCAGGGGGAGCUGGGGCGGAAGCAGGAGCAGCAGCAGCAGCAGCAGCAGCAGCAGCAGCGGUGACAGAAACACCACGACCAGCCCUUGCAGCUUCAGCUGCUGCAGGAGCAGCAGCAGCAGCAGCAGCAGCAGCUGUCCUUCCUGGUGCCUCUGCUGCAGGUGCUACAGUGCCCGGUGCUGCUACAGGGGCCGGCGAGUCAAGGGAGGAGCAAGGCAGGGGGGUGCAACAGCAGAAGGGGCAGUGGGGACAGUGUAUGCAGCAGGGGGGGGAGCAACGGCAGGGGGAGCAACGGCAGGGGGAGCAGCGUCAGGGGGAGCAGCGGCAAGGAGGGCAGCUGGGGAAAGCGAGGUUGCGAGAGGACUGA